CACCGCACGCCGCUGCUCACCAGCACGGGGUUGGACCGCCUGGCAGGCCGGAGGCUGCUCUUCAAGUGCGAGCUCUUCCAGAGGACUGGCUCCUUCAAGCUCCGUGGUGCCCUGAACGCGGUCAGGAGCCUCAUCGAGGAGAGGGAGGGCACUGGAGCAGGGCAGCCCCGGGCCGUGGUGACACACAGCAGCGGGAAUCACGGCCAGGCGCUGGCCUGCGCUGCCCAGGCAGAAGGGAUUCCUGCCUACAUCGUGGUGCCCCGGACAGCCCCACGCUGUAAGCGAGAUGCCAUCUGCGCCUACGGUGCCACAUUGGUGCUGUGCGAGCCCAGUGAUGAGUCCAGAGCUGAGACAGCAGCUCGUGUUGUCCAGGAGACAGGAGGAGUCAUGGUGCACCCCAACCAGGAUCUGGCAGUGAUGGCGGGGCAAGGCACAAUCGCCCUGGAGGUGCUGGAGCAGACACCUGAGGUAAACGCAGUGGUGGUUCCUGUCGGAGGCGGAGGAAUGAUUGCAGGAAUUGCAGUUGCCAUCAAGACUUUGAGACCAGAUGUGAAAGUGUUUGCGGCUGAGCCACGCAACGCGGACGACUGUUACCAGUCCAAGGUGAGAGGGGAGCUGACACCCAACCUUCACCCGCCCGAGACCAUCGCGGACGCAGUUAAAACCAGCAUCGGACCAAACACGUGGCCCAUCAUCAGGGAUUUGGUCGAUGACGUCCUGACAGUCUCGGAGGACGAAAUCAAGCGAGCCACACGGCUGGUGUGGGAAAGGAUGAAGCUGCUGAUCGAGCCAACAGCGGGUGUGGGAGUGUUCCAGGCCGUCCCCCGGGACGUGGAGAACGUUUGUGUCGUGCUGUGCGGAGGCAACGUAGACCUGAGCUCCCUGCCCUGGCUCUCAGACCUCCCUGGGAAAGGGGAAUGA